CGCCGCGCCCGGGGCGCCUCCGCGAAGGACCGAUCCUGGCUUCCCUCCGGCUGCCCGCACUUGGCUCGCUAGCUCGGGCCGCAGUCGCCAUGGUUGUCGGCCGGGGAGGACCUGGACUCUACGCGCUCUCGCGAGAAGUUCGCCGCCGCCGGGAGGUGGGGGUGCCCGAGCACGCGCGGGCCUUCGAGAGGCCGAAGAUGGGGGGUUGCGCCGUGAAGUGUCAGCUGCUGCUGCUGGCCCUCCUCCUUCAGCCCUGGAGUCCCUGCUUAGGUGCAGACUCGGAGAAGCCCUCCAGCAUCCCCACAGAUAAAUUAUUAGUCAUAACUAUAGCAACAAAAGAAAAUGAUGGAUUUCAUCGGUUUAUGCAGUCAGCCAAAUACUUCAAUUAUACUGUGAAGGUCCUUGGUCAAGGAGAAGAGUGGAGAGGUGGUGAUGGAAUUAAUAGCAUUGGAGGAGGCCAAAAAGUGAGAUUAAUGAAAGAAGUUAUGGAACAUUAUGCCAGUCAUGAGGAUAUGGUUAUCUUGUUUACUGAAUGCUUUGAUGUCAUAUUUGCUGGCAGUCCAGAAGAAGUUCUAAAAAAGUUUCAAAAGUCAAACCACAAAGUGGUCUUUGCAGCAGAUGGAAUUCUGUGGCCAGAUAAGAGACUAGCAGACAAGUAUCCUGUUGUACACAUUGGGAAACGCUACCUGAAUUCCGGAGGAUUUAUUGGUUAUGCUCCAUAUAUCAACCGUAUAGUUCAACAGUGGAACCUUCAGGAUAAUGAUGAUGAUCAGCUAUUUUAUACUAAAAUUUACAUUGAUCCACUGAAGAGGGAAGCUCUUAACAUCACAUUGGAUCACAAAUGCAAAAUUUUUCAGACUUUAAAUGGAGCUGUAGAUGAGGUUGUUCUGAAAUUUGAAAAUGGCAAAGCCAGAGCUAAGAAUGUAUUUUAUGAAACAUUACCAGUGGCAAUUAAUGGAAAUGGACCCACCAAGAUUCUCCUGAACUAUUUUGGAAACUAUGUACCUAAUGCAUGGACACAGGACAGUGGGUGCACUCUUUGUGAAUUGGAUACAAUUGACUUGUCUGCAGUAAAUGUCUACCCAAAUGUAACAAUAGGUGUUUUUAUUGAGCAACCAACCCCUUUCCUACCUCGAUUUCUGGACAUACUUUUGACACUGGAUUACCCAAAAGAAGCACUUAAAGUCUUUAUUCAUAACAAAGAAGUUUAUCAUGAAAAGCACAUCAAGGUAUUUUUUGAUAAAGCUAAACAUGAAAUCAGUACUAUAAAAAUAGUAGGACCAGAAGAAAAUCUAAGUCAAGCCGAAGCCAGAAACAUGGGAAUGGAUUUUUGCCGUCAGGAUGACAGCUGUGAUUAUUACUUCAGUGUGGAUGCAGAUGUUGUUUUGACAAAUCCAAGGACUUUAAAAAUUUUGAUUGAACAAAACAG